CAUCACACACACAUGAUUCAGAUGUGACAAUUCUACAUUUAUAUGUAAAAAAAUUUUUGGUCUUCCUAUAAAAGAAGAAUUAAAAAUCUUUAUAGUCUAUAUUUGCAAACGAGGUUAAAUGUAACGUUAGGAGGAACAAAAGCACUGACAAAACAUCGAAAGUGUAAUUGAAAGGAUACUGGGAUAUACCAGGGUAUCCUAUAAUAGAGAGAGAGAGAGAGAGAGAGAGGAUAAUAGUUCUUCCAGUUACACACAUUUCUCAUCGUUAUGGUAGAAGCAGCUGGAUGUGGAGAAUUGCAACAGUUGGUUCAAGAAGAAGAAAGUGAAGAACCACUCAGUCAUGGAGGAGAAGCUACUCCCCCAUCAACGCCAGCAAGAUCUUCUCAUCGUCCGAGCAAAACUGAAAUUCAUAAUUCCAGUAUAUCGCAACAAAUAUUGUGGGAAAAUAACGCACAAACAUCGCCAAUUGUUAGCAAAGGAAGCUCUGGUCAAGGAACGAGUCAAGGCUCCAUGGUUUCCAGUCGAGCUGCUAAUGCUUCAAGUUAUACUGGCAAUCAAUCUCGACUGACAUAUCUUAACGAGAAGGAAAAGCAGAGACCUAAUCGACCUGAUCCACCAAGAAUUGUAAGACAGCACAAAGCCGUGGUGCCAUGCAAACACCAUUGCUUUCUGUCAGAGGUUCCUGAUGUUCGUCAUAUGGAGCAAGCUUUGCUACAAUUGCUGGAAGAUUUUCACAGUGGCAAUUUACGAGCAUUUGGAAAAGAUUGUAGUAUGGAGCAAAUGACGGAAAUACGAGAACAGCAAGAACGUUUGACUAGACUACACUUCGAGCUAGGUCAGCGACAUGAAGUGGGUGGCGAGCAGUCAGGUCUCCGACAAUCAAGCGCGAAUAUGCGCCAUUUGCUUCAUCGUCUUCAACAACUUAGUGUUUGCAUAGAAAAAUUACAUAGCAAAUGAUUUAUCUUAUAUUUAUACGAUACUAUUAUAUAUUAUAAUAUAAAUUCUUGUAAUAAUGUUCA